AUGCAGGCGCUGGAAGACGACUGUGAGGGCUUGGACAAGCGUAUCAGCGCUCAGGAUGAAGCGCAAGAAAUGGUCCUGGGCCUGUGGUGGCUACCUGGACAAGAUCUGUUGACCUUUGUGGUAAAGCCGAACUUGCUUGCAAAAGCAUCUAAGGAGCGCCCAACUAAAAGACGCGUUCUAAGCGUGGUCAUGUCUAUUUUCGACCCGCUUGGGCUGCUAGGAUUCUUUAAUAUACGCGCCAAGAUCAUCCUUCAGAACAUAUGGCGAUCCAACAUCGGAUGGGAUGACGACCUUACCAAAGAAGACGAAGUGGAUUGGCGACACUGGCUAGAUCUAGUUUCAAAGUUGAAUACCGUCCGUAUUCCACGGUGUAUGAAAUGUAUCCUGCCGGAUCUGCAGCACUUCAGCAAGCUGGAGAAAUUGAGAGCCGCACAGUUAUGCGUACUGGAUUUCCUACGGAUUGUUACUAAGAAGACCAAAUUGGACGGGCGAUUAGAGCUGCAGAAGAUGCUGCUCCUUAAACGCAGCAAAGAUAUGGAUGUGAUUUUUAUUCGAAUAUGCCAAGAAGAGGAGUUUUAUAGUGAGAUUACCUCCCUAAAGUCGGGGCGCCGCCUAAACGAUCGCAAAAGCCUGCUCUUCAAGCUCUCUCCUUAUAUAGAUGACUCGGGCAUUCUACGUAUUAAGGGACGGAUAGACAAUAUAGAAGGAGUUGAAGUCUGCGUAAAACGACCGAUAAUUCUGCCAAGACGACAUCGAUUGACGUAUCUGCUUUUUGAGUUUUAUCACCGCAAAUAUCAUCACGUGCACAACGAAAUCGUCGUAAACGAACUGCGUCAGCAGUACUGGGUCUGUAGCUUGCGAGCCUUGGUGAAAGAAGUCUCCAGUGCUUGCCCAGCGUGCCGUAUACGACGCGCCCGCCCAAAGCCACCAGAGAUGAGCGACCUGCCAAUCGAACGACUAUCGCCCUAUACUCCACCGUUCACAUAUACCGGAGUGGAUUACUUUGGACCCUACGACAUUGUCGUUGGACGGCAUCGUGAGAAGCGCUGGGGUGUGCUGUUCACAUGCCUCACGGUACGCGCCGUUCACCUAGAUAUAGCUACGUCGCUCUCGACUGACUCAUACCUAUGCGUUCUGAAGUCGUUCGUGGCCGGACGCGGCUGCCCCCGCCGCAUGCUGUCGGACAAUGGCACAAAUUUCAGAGGCGCUAGCAGAAUAUUAAAAGAUGAAAUUGAACGUAUAUCGCCGGUGCUGAUGGAGCGACAAUACCCGGAACUGGAGUUUACCUUUAUUCCACCAGGAUCACCCCACAUGGGAGGAUCGUGGGAACGAUUGGUGCGUUCCACAAAGUCAAUACUGUCGGAGAUCCUGCCGCACUCUGGGCUACGAGAGGAGGUGCUACGAGCAGCAUUGGCAGACGUAGAAAGCAUGCUCAACUCAAGACCGCUCACUUAUGUUCCCUUGGAAACUUCUGAGUCCGAAGCCCUGACUCCGAACCAUUUUCUUAUAGGUCACUCAAGCGGAUUGCGUGAGAGAGGCUCACGGGACCGGGACGGAGCUAGCUUGGCACGAGGCUUCCGAGUCGCCAGCCAAUUGGCUGACCAAUUUUGGAAGGAUGGUUGA